AUCACGAAAUUUGUUAUUAAGUUGUUUGUGGCCGACUAUAAAAGAACCGAGCCUAGAGCCCAGUCCAGUUAGUCUGUCGAAACAAGUAACGAGUCGCUAAAGAGAUUGUCUAAAAAGGACCUCAUUUUACAGUAAGCUGAGAAUAUGUUGAACAUUCACUUGGCACUGGCCGCCAUGUGCCUGGUGCUGUGCGGAGCGGCCCAGGCCGGAGAUAGCCAUCCAUGCAGUCGCACUGGAUUCGUUGCGCUCGUGGAUAAUGCGCAGGAGUACUUUGCCUGCGAGCCAACACCCAAUGGUGGUUACUCAUUGAGGCGUUUGAGGUGCCAGGACAAUAUGAGCUUCAACUCGGUGCUGGCAAAAUGUGUUGAGCGUUCGCGGGAUGCUGUCGCAGCUGAUGGCAGCGAUAUUGAGAAUCCCACAAUACCGCCAGGCAAUUUUGAGGAUUCCACUGAUGCCCCAGCUUCUACCAAGGAGCCAGAGCCAACUGAUGCGCCCGGUUCCACCAAGGAGCCAGAGCCUACUGAUGCGCCCGGUUCCACCAAGGAGCCAGAGCCAACUGAUGCGCCCGGUUCCACCAAGGAGCCAGAGCCAACUGAUGCGCCCGGUUCCACCAAGGAGCCAGAGCCAACUGAUGCGCCCGGUUCCACCAAGGAGCCAGAGCCAACUGAUGCGCCCGGUUCCACCAAGGAGCCAGAGCCAACUGAUGCGCCCGGUUCCACCAAGGAGCCAGAGCCAACUGAUGCGCCCGGUUCCACCAAGGAGCCAGAGCCAACUGAUGCGCCCGGUUCCACCAAGGAGCCAGAGCCAACUGAUGCGCCCGGUUCCACCAAGGAGCCAGAGCCAACUGAUGCGCCCGGUUCCACCAAGGAGCCAGAGCCAACUGAUGCGCCCGGUUCCACCAAGGAGCCAGAGCCAACUGAUGCGCCCGGUUCCACCAAGGAGCCUGAACCAACUGAUGCGCCCGGUUCCACCAAGGAGCCAGAGCCAACUGAUGCGCCCGGUUCCACCAAGGAGCCAGAGCCAACUGAUGCGCCCGGUUCUACUAAGGAGCCUGAACCAACUGAUGCGCCCGGUUCCACCAAGGAGCCAGAGCCAACUGAUGCGCCCGGUUCCACCAAGGAGCCAGAGCCAACUGAUGCGCCCGGUUCUACUAAGGAGCCUGAACCAACUGAUGCGCCCGGUUCCACCAAGGAGCCAGAGCCAACUGAUGCGUCCACCACCGAACAACCUGGAACGAGCACCACAGUAAAGGAAGUUUGCGCAACAACAGGCUUUCUGCCCAAGAAUGGAAACUGUUAUCAAUAUGUAAUAUGCUACGAGGAUGACGAGGGGGAUUUAAUUGCCUUAACCCAAGACUGCCCAGAAGGGAUGCAGUUCAAUCCCGAUUCGAGGUACUGCGAGCUGGGCUACGAUUGCAACAACCCAACAACUCCGGAGCAGUGAGCAUAAGUGAAGAAUUUUAGAGAUGAAAUAAAUAUCCCACUGUGUACUAUUAAGCAAUGCAUAACUAUACCAAAUUCUUUGUUCUAUACUUAUGGAAUAUUUUUUUUUUUGUUUUUUUUUUCUCCUUAUAAAUAAAUUUUAGUUUAAUUGAUGUUAAUUGAUUGCAAAAGCA